GGAUAGUCGAGGUCUUUUCUCGCCUAGCUGUUGAAGAGUGCGGACGUACAGUCGAGUGCGGUCUUAAAGUAUUCUAGAUAGCAGAGAAAAUAUGGCAUCCAAUUGCCAAUUUUUAUAUGGUGAGAGUUGUGGUCGAUAUCCUUAUAUCGGCAGAAAAUCCGUGGGAGAAGAGGAUAUUAGAGUUGACUUCAUCUAUCAAUUUGUGAAGAAAAGACACGUUAAAAUCCACUCUAAUCACAGUGUAUUUUAUACUGCCCCUGACAUAAUUGGACCACCCAAAUUUUCAAACUAUGAAGAACCAUCUCAGAAAUUGAGUCGAUGGAAUAAUGGUAUCGACAUUUCAAUAACUCCGUGGCAAUACGAAGAAUUCACGACAACUUAUAUAAGUAUACUAUGGCCGCCAUGGCAUGAACAUAGAAGACCGAUCGGAAAUAAUUAUAUUGGUAUGUGAUACCUGAAUUCACAAGUAAGAUAUUGUUAAAGAAGAUACGCUUUUGUU